AUUUAGGAACAAUCCACUUGAUCAAAGAACCCUCCACACUCUCCAAAGGAAGGGUUCUGACACGAAACGAUGCCCCCCUCCACUUUGCCUCCACCUUUUCCGUAGCAAACGCCGGGGUUGAGUAUGACGUAUACCUAGGGAACGACGAGACUGUGUCUUCAAGUAUAGAGCCAGACUUCGAUCUAUACCUACCUGCCUCGACAUCCAAACCUAAGCAUAUCGCUACUCAGAGCUACUCGAUCCAUUCGCAUCUCCUUGUCAACAAAUACAUAAGCACAGAAAUCUGAACCGCAAUGUCGCUUCCCAAGACCUACAAGGCCCUCCAGCAGAAGGAAAAGGGCAAGCCCUUCGAGAUGAUCGAUGUCGAGAUGAAACAACCUGAGAAGAGGCAGGUCGUCGUCAAGGUCCUCGCUUGUGGUGUCUGUAGGAGUGACGACCUGGUCAAGGAGGAGAUGAUGCCUGUCCUUCCCCGUAUCCCCGGUCACGAGAUCAUCGGAGAUGUCGUCGCGGUCGGUGACGGUGUCGAGGCGUUUGAAGUUGGGGACCGAGUCGGGAGUGGAUGGCACGGGUCCAACUGCCUCGCCUGCGUACAAUGCGCUAAGGGCGACUACCCUACUUGCAAGAACGAGGGUAUCAACGGAAUCUUGACCGAUGGAGGAUACGCCGAAUACGUCACCCUCGACUUCACCGGGAUCACGAAGAUCCCGAAAGAAUUGGACCCUGCUCAGGCUCCUCUGUUCUGCUCCGGAGUCACCACCUUUAACUCCAUGAGGAACAUGGGUCUUCAGCCCGGAGCUGUUGUCGCCAUCCAAGGUCUCGGUGGUCUUGGCCAUCUGGGUGUCCAAUUCGCUGCCAAAUCCGGUUUCAAGACUGUCGCGCUUUCGUCCUCCGAUUCGAAGAAGGAUCUCGCCAAGGAACUCGGUGCUCACGUUUACGUCGACGGAUCGAAGGAGGAUCAAGCCGAGGCGCUCAACAAGCUCGGCGGUGCCGAUUUGAUCAUGUGUACCGCGCCCAACGCCGAUAUUAUCAAGAAGCUCAUCGGUGGUCUCGCUGUCAAUGGGACCUUGCUCAUCCUCGCCGUUGUCGGCGACGAUUUACAGAUUCCUAGUAUGCCGCUCAUUCAGAAACGCUUGUCCGUCCGAGGUUGGCCCAGCGGGAGCCCUAGGGACUCGCUCGAGGCGAUCCAGUUCGCGCUUGAUCAAGGUAUCAAGUGUUACGUCGAGAAGUAUCCUCUGGAAAAGGCCGAAGAGGCCUACGAGUCCAUGAUGAGCGGAAAGGCUAGGUUUAGGUCUGUGCUCAUCCCGAACCACCAAGCCUGAGCUGACAGCCACGCCGGCGACGAAACAAGAGCUAUUCAUUGUCUUGUCCCGGUAGCUUGAGGGCAGACCAGCCCGAUAGGACGGCUGUUGCGAUCCUUACUACCCCUGCUGUGAUUCCCUGUAUCGACAUUUCAAUUGUGUGCUAUUAUUGUCAAAGUAUGCAGAAGAUGGUAUCUGUCCGAUCCUGAUCAUCGUACCCGCAACACGGUUGUAUCGCUAUCAAUCGUG